AUGAUUGGGAGAUGGAGAGAGGUGGGUUCUUGUGAUGUGUGGAUGGGAUUUGCAGUAGUUAAAAGAGAAGAUGGGUAUUUGAUUAAUAUAUAUAAGGUGGUGGGGAAGGGAGAAUAUUGUUUAAGUUUUGCUUCUGAUAAUCCAUCAGCUACGGAUGAAUCUGCAGAAGGAGUUGAUUUCUAUUUGUAUUAA